UCUGUUCAGACUACGUUUACGCAUACGGAAUAUUCGCAAUGUUACGAUUCACGUGGAUUCUGAUUUUCGUCGUCGCUAGUAUCAGUGCUGAGGAAGCUCGAGACGGCGAUGUCGACAUCAGCGAGUAUCCGUAUCUCGUAUCAAUUAGAAAGAACGGCAGACACGUCUGUUCCGGCGCGAUACUCGAUCAAUAUCACGUCGUCACGUCAGAUCGAUGCGUACCGUCGUUCGAACAUAUUUGGAACGUCAUGAACGACAUAGUCGUGGUCAGCGGUACGAGCAGCCUCAAACCCGGCGGCACACGUAUCUUCGUAAAGGAAAUGUUCUCGCAAAAUCAUUACACAAAUCCGCUUGAGAAUCCCGUCACGAGCGGUCUCGGUGUGCUUAGGCUCUUGGAACCACUUAAUUUCGGAGAAAAAGUACAACCGAUUCAACUGUCUGAAACGGAAGUUCCGCUUGGCGCAAAAUUGGAAUUGGUUGGAUGGAUGGUGGCUGAUCAUGAAGGAGGAAAAACCGCGCAUCUCAAGAAAGUCACUUUGGAUACGAAGUCUGAAGUUUGCCAGCCGUUCCACAAGAAGCAGCUCAGCAACUCUGAAUUCUGCACUCGAGCGGAACCGGAAGGCGGAUUAUGCAAGGGUGACAGUGGCAGUCCUUUAAUUUAUGAAGGCAAACUCGUCGGCUUGGCUACUUACGGUAUUUCAUGCAGUGAAGGUUCGGAUGUUCAUACCAGCAUAAACAAAAAUCUCGAAUAUUUGCGCGAUAUUAUUAAAGGGUAAAGGUUUUCCAUUUUUAUUAAUUUUUGUUUUAAAUACGAUGUUUUGAAGAUGACUGAUAUUCCCGAAUAAUAUUGAGAAAUGAUAAAUUUUAAGAAAAAAUCUGUAAACUACAUUUGUAUCA